AUGAUUAACUCUACAGUGAACUUCAACACACCUGAAGCAUCUACAAACUCCACAACUCAGUCCAUUGGACUUCUGGACAGUCUGGAAAUCUGUGUGUACAGCAUCAGUUUUCUGUUUGGUCUUCCUACACACUCCUAUGUUAUAUGGCUCAUCAUCACAGGAACAGGCAGUGAAGUCUUCAACCUCAAUCUGUCUGUUUGUGAGAUUGGCAUCUGUCUCAAUUGUUUUGUAUAUGUACUAUCAUACUGGAUUUUCAGUCUCUCAACAUUAAAAGUUUUUUUUGUAGGACUUACCAUCUCUGGUCGUCCUCUGUUUCAAUGUCUGAUCUCUGUUGAGCGUUAUCUGGCAGUGGUUCAUCCUAUAACCUUUCUGAGGUUUAAACCUCUCAGAUAUAGAGUGAUCUGCUGCACUGCGGCCUGGAUAAUCACUCUUGGCUCGUGUUUGGUCUGCAUGUAUACUUCAGGUGAAGAGAACAGGCCUAUAUAUACAUGGUUCUUCUCUCUGCAGUUCCUGUUCUUCCUCUCCAUCCAGUUGUUUUGUCUUGUGGCUGUUCUCAGAGCUCUGAAGCAGUCAGGACCAGGAGAGAGAAGGAGAGAGAGAGAGGAGGAAAACCACAUGAAGAGAAGAGCAUUUCAUCUCAUUCUAAUAACUACUGCAAGCAUGGCUAUCAUAUAUGUCCCAUAUACAAUCAUAGGAUUCAUUACCAUUAUAGUAAAAAAGUUUAUUAAUCUUCUUUGGUUUGUUGGUUUUACUUGUUAUGUGCUGGCUGGUUUUGUGCAUCCUGUUCUUUAUUUGCAGCGCACUGGAAAACUGUUCUGCCUCAGUUUGCCAUAA